AGGGUUUAUCUCACAACGGUGGAGCUGCAACAAGAGCGAGAGAGCUUUGAAGCUUAGGCCGCCUCCUUCUCCUCUUCCUCCGCCACCUCGUCUGUGCCACAAGAUGGAUUCUGGGAUUAAGCAUGCUGUUGUUGUGAAAGUUAUUGGCCGUACUGGAUCCAGAGGUCAGGUGACUCAGGUUAGAGUGAAGUUCUUGGAUGAUCAGAACCGUCACAUUAUGAGGAAUGUGAAGGGACCAGUUAGAGAAGGUGAUGUUCUCACCCUGCUUGAAUCUGAAAGAGAAGCAAGGAGGUUGCGUUGAAGUGUUUUCUUUUGUUGCCUACAAAUGCAGUCAAAGUAAUGUUGCUUUGAGUUUUGUUAGUCAGUGAAUUCCCAAUUAUAUUGCUUUCUUUUUAUGUUUUUAUUGCACCUAUUUUUCCAUUUGAAUUUUGGCUUAAUGUGUAUUAGAUUGAUAUGAGAGUAUGGAUUAAUGUGUUUUGAUUUCUAUAUAGUGUGUUUUCAUAUUUAA